GUUGAGAAGGCGAAGCAGCUUGCGCCUGACAGGAUCCUCGCUGCAGGGGAGAGCGAUCGUGGCAAAGCCUGGACCAUCAUGAAGGCGAACAACAUCGCUCUGCCCGUGGAGUCGGAGGCCGCGCUCCUGGGCGAAGCGGCCACGUCGGCCAGGAUGAUUGCCGAGAACACCAAGCAAUUCAAGCAGCUGCUAGACAUCAUGGCCAUCUUUGCGCCUGAUGGUGCUCCUUUCGAUCUCCACAGGCCAGUGCUCGGCGCCAUCCGUGACAUGUCUCUCACUGACAAGCUUGCGAGCUUCAACAAAGUUUUGAUCGAGGAGACCUUCUGCGAUUUUGUCAUCCAAGGGAAGACGGGGGUUCCUGCCACUCUGGCCCUGGCUGAGGCGUACACCACCUACUUGGAGGAGGCUCUGGUGACCGUCCCCGAGAACGCUAAGUUCCUGAAGUUCGCAGGGUCCAGUCUCGAUACGAUUCGUGCAGUUGUGGCUUUGACCGAGCCGACAGUGGAGUCGGUAUGUGCACACGCGCAGGAGGUGAAGGAACUCAAGGAUGCAACUGGUAAGUCAGGCAAUCGGUGA